AUGGGGUUGGAGAUUGAACCCGCUGUCCCAGAUACGGGAUCAGCACCGCAAAACACGGAAAAGUCGACCGAGGCACAGCUUGAAAAGGUUCACACUGAUGUCGAGGCGGCGAGUGUGGACGAUGCCUCCAAGGGCUAUUACAGCAAGCUAUCCGUCUGGUUGAUGGUGUUAUUCUCAGGCCUGGCCAUCGGGUCUGACGGCUACAAUGCCGCCGUAAUUGGCAAUGUAGAGCUGCUCCUUGCAGUCCUCUACCCAGAUGACCUCACCACGUCCAUCUACUCCCGCCUCAGCAACGCCUUUCUCAUCGGCAUGAUUAUCGGCAUGCUCUUCUUUGGCGUUAUUGUCGACCAGAUUGGCCGAAAGACCGGAGCUGUGGCCACUACCGUCACUCUCGUCCUGGGAAUCGCCAUGUCCGCCGCCGCGAAUGGUACCUCCCCCACGGGCAUGUUCUGGAUGCUCAUCAUUGCGAGAGGAAUAGCUGGUGUCGGCGCGGGAGGUGAAUACCCCGUCUCGGGAGCUGGUGCUGCUGAGGCUACUGAUGAGAGCGGCAAGUAUCGCAAGCACAGAGGCUUCAUGUUUGCCAUGCUGGCUGAUUUGUCGUCUGGCCUGGGCUACGUAUGGGGUGGUCUUGUGCCUCUGCUUCUUCUUCUCUGUGUUGGCCAGGAGCAGAGCAAGUACAAGAUUGUGUGGCGGACUGCCUUUGCGCUGGGUGCUGUGCCGCCCUUGGGAAUCUUUUGGUUUCGAAUGCGCAUGGCUGUUUCUACGGCGUUUCGUAAGUCGUCUAUGCGGAAGCAGAGGGUGCCGUAUUGGCUUGCGUUGAAGCGGUAUUAUCGACAUUUGAUCGGCUCUGCGGCUUGUUGGUUUCUGUAUAACUGGAUCUCCAUUCCGUUUGGCAUUUUCAGUUCUACCAUUAUCAACCGCGCGAAUACGGAUCAGAGUUUGGUCAAAAGUUUGGGAUGGGGCGUGUUGAUUAACUGCUUUUAUUUGCCUGGUCCCUUUAUUGGCGGCUACUUGUCUGAUAAGAUUGGAAGACGUCAGACCAUGGCUCUUGGGUUCACGCUUCAGGCUAUACUGGGAUUUGUGCUUGGUGGAGCAAUUGGUCCUAUUCAGAAAAUCUUCCCGCUGUUUAUUGUGCUUUAUGGAAUUUUCCUUACCCUCGGCGAGGUAGGACCUGGAAGCACCGUCGUCAUCACUGCCUCAGAGUCGUUCCCAACUUCUAUACGAGGUCAAAUGAUGGGCUUUAUAGCUGCGUGGUCUAAAGCUGGAGCCGCUAUUGGCACACAAGUAUUCACCGCAAUCCUAAACUCGUAUGUCGACGAUGCGGAAAAGGGGAACCAGGUGGCUUUUCUUAUUGGGUCUGGGUUUGCUGUGCUUGGGGCUGCCGUCGCGUGGUUUGUUAUCCCUGAUGUCUCGAGACGGUUGGAUGAUGAUGAUGCGGCGUGGAAGGUAUAUCUUGCGGACCAUGGGUGGGAUGCUACCUGGGGUGAUGCAGAAACAAAGGAUCCGUCAGGCGUUGUUAUGAAUCGGGCUAGAGACUGA